AAGAGGUGAAAAUCCGUUGAUAAGAAAUACAGGAAGAAUAUUUUCCCCAGUGCAUAAAAUGGCGAUCGUUACAGCACUUUGUGUUUUAGUACUCCUAUUGUGUGGUCCUCUCGUUGAUGGCCAGGAUUUGGAAAUACCAGACUGGAAGGCGAUGGUGAAGAAGUUAAACGAACUCCAAAACGUCGUCAACAUUCAGAGAGAUCAGAUUUCCCUUUUAGAGACGAGGAACAAAAUGACAGACAUGGAAGAAUUACAUUACCUCCGAGAUACCGUCAAUAACCAAAACAAACGUAUUUCCAUGUUGGAGAAGAGAUACCAGGACUUAGAAAAUAUCGUGACUACCCAAGCCAAGAAAAUUGCGAGGCAGACAGAACUUGGAGAUGAAAAGUCAACACAGAUUUCCGAAUUGCAGAAUAGAAAAAGUAUCUGUGAAAAACGAAAUAGAAGCAUACACAGCCGUUUGACAAAAUUGAUUAAAUUCAUGAAAGGUAGGAAAGACACAAUGGCAACGUUUCACUCUGAGGACAACGCCAAGAAACAGAUGAAAAGCUUGAUAAGAAAAGGACGACAGCUACUCCCUGACACUGGAGCUUCAUCCGUUGAUACCAACGCUGCCGCCUUUUAUGCUUAUCUCUCAAAGGAUUUUAUUUCUCCAGGAGGACAUAAUAUUUUGACAUUCGAUACCGUGAUCACAAAUAAAGGAAAUGCCUACCACCCCACCUCUGGUACGUUUAUUGCUCCCCGGUCUGGUCUCUACGUGUUUACCUGGACAAUUAGAAUGUUUGGAGAAUCUCACCAUUCAACUGAACUUUUGGUCAACAACAAUGUUGCUGGCGUCACACACUUUAAUUCAGCCAAUCUCGUAGACGGUAGUGUUUCAGGCAUUGUUGUCGUGCAUGUCAACCAGGGAGAUGGUGUGCUUCUUAAAACAGCUGCAUCCUUCAAUGCUGGAUCGAUAAAUAGCGAUCAUAACGGAAGGUCAUCUUUUGCUGGAUGGGCUUUAAUGUAAUAUCAAGAAUAAAGAUCAUAUCUC